CUGGAGUCUAUAACAACAAAAGACUCGGUGCCCCGCGCAGACUGGCCGAUGCAACAGGGCUUGGGGAGCCCCGAAGCUGCAGCUCAGGCCAGCAUCGCCGCCUUCCUUGUAUCUACCUCACUAGUUGCCGUCCAGGCUUGGUUGGUUGCCCCAGGGUUUUAUGGUGGCCGUUCACAAAUCAUGACUCCCCAUAUUCCAUGCCUAAGCUGAUAAAGCCUCUUUGCACUUUACUCUCCUUGGUGUCUCCUUGGCUUGAGCCCUGUACCUUAACUCUUAGGUACGAAGAAGUCCUCGCCAGAAUCUUAUUUAUUGCCUGACUAAUGUUCCAGAGGCUGAAUAAUAUGUUUGUUGGAGAAAUCAAUAAUUUCCCCACCCAAGAGCCAGAGUUCAGUGAAAAAGAAGAGGAGGAAUGGAUUCUGGUGGACUUCAUAGACACCUGCACCAACUUCUCGACAGUUGUUGAAGAAGAAGAAGAAAGUGAGAUCCUGGACGCCUCCUCAGUUGACCAUUCUCCUGUCUUCUCUUGUCUGCCUACUUCACUGGAGAGUUUGGCUGAUGCCAGUGAGUCAUGUUUUAUCCAGUUUGAUUCAUGUCCCAUGGAAGAGAGUUGGUUUAUCACACCACCUCCAUGCUUCACUGCUGGUGGCUUGACUGCUAUCAAAGUGGAAACCAGCCCAAUGGAGAAUCUUCUGAUUGAACAUCCAAGCAUGUCUGUGUAUGCAGUUCACAAUACCCUCCACAGCCUUAACAAGGCUAGCUGUGGUGAUGAGGAGGAAGAAGAAGAGGAACCUCAUGAUGCAAGCGAUCCUAGGACAGAAGCACCAAAUGAACGGGACCAACAUGUUCGUUGUUUCAUCACAGCAUUUUCUACCCACUCAAGCUUUCUGGAACAGGCCAAGAGCUUUCGUUCUGCCCAGUGGAUAAAAGAGCAGAGUGAACGGCAAUAUCUGAACAGAAACUGCCUCCGUCGCCAAAACCUUACCAGGGAUUGCUACUCUCGGCAAAUCAAGAACAAUGGAUUGUUUGUUCACCAGCCUUGCCAGCGCCAGUAUAAUUACUGAGGGGUUUGGUAGUGGGAUUUUCUUCCCUUCCUGCAAAAACAAUAUUGGUUAAAUGUAGCUCUAUUAUUAUUUGUAGGUAAUGAAGGCAAGAUCAAUUUUAGUCUGAUCAUCAGUUCUUUUCUAUACAAACACUAAGUGUUACAUUAGGUUGUAACCCAUGUUAAUGUAACAGCGUAUCACAGAAUGCCUUUGAAAUAUUUUAAUCGUGGCUUGGAAACAUAUCAGUUCAAUAGUCUUUGUGUGAUUGGGGUUGUUUUUUCAUGUGUGACUUUUUAAAGAUUUUUUUUCAAUGAUGAUGUUUGGAUGGGUUCUUUUUGUAUUGGUAUUUUUAACCAAGAUGGAGCAGGCAAACUUCAGUAGUAUUGUAAUCCAGUUGCAGUUAUGAAACUUCUCAGGGUCAGCCCUACCAAGUGCAGGUACCUCUGUACACUGUAUAGCCUCAUACACAACUGUUUUGAAAUGUGAGGGACCAUAAGUGAUUGAACUGUUGAUGUGGGGAUAAUUCUGUGGGUGGGAAUAGAGGGUAAGAGUCAUGUACUCCCCUCCAUCUCACACGCUUGUGUUCCACUUUUUGAUUCAGAGUGGUUUACCACAUACCAUACACAAAGGAGGUACCUCACAGGAAAGUGUGAAGUAAUCUUGCAGGUGAAUUAGUGUAGUAUGUUCUCUUUACCAGUUGUGAAGGACAGCAAGAAUCUUUCCACGCUUCCUUCUCUGAAGGGUGGAAACCACAUCAUAGCUCCUGAAAGUAUUCUAUACCAUGCCCUUAACCACAGGUGGAACCAUCUUUUUAAACACACUAGUAACAAUUUGAAAUGAGCCUUGUUAUGGAAGGGUUGGAUGGAUGAAGGUAUGAAUCCUCUCAUCAUAACAGUCUACAUAGAAGGCAAGAGGGUGAAGGUGGUAUCACCCAGUUCCCCUUUCCUUACUAUAGCUCUGGGUACAGUAGUUUGCUUCACCUUAACAUUUCAGCACGUAAUGCACAACAAUUUCUGUACUAUCUGUCAGUCCUUCAAGCAUCACCAGUACCUUUAUUCUUACUUGAAAAUCUGAUUGCUGUCAUGACAAGUUCAGUCAUCAGGGCUUGAUUCCCUCCAACCAUAGAAAUGUGUGUCAAGGUAUCCUAUAAGGUAUCUGCUUUUAUCUUUAAAAAACCUCUUCCAACUCAGGAAGUAGGAAGUAACAGUAUUUGGACAACUUGUCUUCUACCUGAUUAUACUUACAUUGGGUUUGAUCUAAAACGACAGUGAUGAAACUAUUUAUGAGCAUAAUUUGUCAUCUCAGAAGUGUUCCUUAAUUAACCCCCUUCGUAAAAAUAUAUUUGAUGUUAAAAGAAACAAAGUCAUAGUUGCCUUCUCCAAAUGCAUGGCUGAAGUAGUCUUUAUAAAAGAGACUGAUGUUUACCUCAGUAGAAUGUGUUGGAAGUCAAAUAGUUCACUGAUUCUCUGUCUUGUGAACAGGUGGUUUCAGUGGCAAACAAAUGUUAAGUCUAAUGUGUCUCUCCUUCCAUCGUAACCUCACUUCAACUACUACAGGUUUAACAAAUAUUUCUACAAUUUUCUGAUUUUUGUUUGUUGGCUACUUUUUCAAAAGGAGAGCCUAAAGAACACGAAAGCAGUGUAGAAUCCUAGACCUUUUUUUUUUCAUUUGGUCCACAAUCAAACUCACUUCCCCCCCUUUAUUUCUGUACCUGUCCCAUACAUCACACACAUUCUGUGAAACUCAGGAAUCUCUCAACAUUUGACUAUGAACCUAAGCAUCUGUAUGUGGAAGCUGAGUUCCACCAAAAUCAAGAAGCAACAAGUAGGCAUGCCUAGGUUCCCAGCCACCUCUCCAUAAACCACUUUAUUUUGAGAAAUCUCAUAAAUGGUCAUUGUCCCGUCCUUGUUUGUACAGGUCCCUAGCUAGUGAGCAUUUGAAGGUGAGACUUCUCCUAGUUGGGAAAUGUGUUUUCUCACUUUGUUACUGGCUUACUUCCCUAAUGAUGUAUGUAUCUUCUAUGAUAAAUGCAGGCUUAAUGCAUACAUAUGAGAUUUUCAGUUCUUGGUAGUAGAAAUACUGUUCUUGUGGAAGGAAUGAUUGCAUAUACAACAUUGCAUCUGACUUUUUUAUUAUCUUGCAUAUUUAUGUUACUAGUUCCGUCAUGUGCCUCGAAGUCUCAGACUAUUAGAUUUCAAAUGAUGUGUGUGUUAGUGAAUAGGUCUGACUUUUUAUAUAGGUUUGUGAAUAGGCCUGACUUUUUUAUAUAGGUUUCUUUUUUAAGAAAAUGUAUUAAAUUGUUAAGGUGGGGCCUUGCACUGUGUUGAAUAGUAAUCCAUUAGUUUGCAGAAACUGUUCUUUUUAUUCACUUGUAAUGUAAACAAAACUGUGCCUUUUUAAAGUAAUGUGUACACUGCACACUUGAACUUGAAGACUCAAAAAAGGGACUUUUCCUUGGGAUACUGUAUGUCAGUCUAUGCAUUAACAAUGGCAGCUUCUUUGGGGAGCCAUUAUUCCUUUAUACAUGUAGCAGUACUUUAGAUAUUCAAGGUUUUCAGCAUAGUCCUAUGCAGAAUUACUGGUAUCAAAGUCCACUGAAAUCAGUAGCUGUAACAGCAUAGGUUUGUACUGUUUGUUGCCCUCAUCCUAAUAAUACCUGUAGCUGUGAGGGUUCAGAGGGCUUGUUCUUUUAGGAAUUAGAGCUGCAAGGAAAGAGAAGGUAGGUCCAUCCUAUUAUGUUACCUCUUCAAGGCUGUCCCAUUAUUGCCGUAUGUCGUGUCUCUUCUAGCAUCAGAAUAGCUGCACCUGUAGGCUCUUUGCAUAUAAAACUAAGCUGUGUACUUUGGAGAGGCCACCAAACUCUCUUCAGGUCUUUCAGGCCUAUUCUACCACUUAACAGCAAGCAACUUGGUUUCAGCUGUUCCCAAUUGUGCCAUUUGAGAUGACAGCUGGGAGCUUGCAAAUAUGAAGACCACCUCCAUGCGCCAAAUACCUCUGGGUCUAGAAAUCCAAGUCUCCGGGAACUAGGAUUUCAAUAUGGCAAUCUUCAAUUUGAAUGUAGAGGGGUGCCUGUUUCAAACUGGUGUCUGCUCUAGAGAUAUAAAUAGUCUGUAGGCCUGCCUCUGUGAGGCCUGUUUAUUUGGUCACAUUAUGGUUACAGGUGUUAACACCAAGCUGCCAUAUAACUCUAGCUGUGAUGGUCUGCCAUCAACAUGUGGUGUUGCACUCUCGUGACUUUUGUGGGCCGGUAACACCAACAGAUUGUUGUGGUUCUAUUGAUCUUUGUACUUCAGGGGCUUGUGAGAUGAGUCUUGAAGGAUUUUAAUGGUUUCCCAAAGAAAGGGACAGUAAAUAAAUACAGUGCUUUGCUUCUCCUGACAAGGGGGAGGGAAAGUUUUUUCUUUCUUUUGCCAAAUGGAAUUACAGUCUCUGGUAUUUGUAUUUCAUGAUGCAGCUUGAAACUCUGGAGAAACAAUCAAUAAACAGGCCUGUUGGGGGGAAAAAAA